AUGGGCAGCAUGACACAGCCUGCAGACUCCUGGAGGGCAGAAGAGAAGGAGCAACUGGUGCAACUUUGGUAUGAGAUUCACUACCAGAGGUUUAUGGAGAAGUGCCGGACGGAUUCUCUGACCUCACUGCAGAAAUUCCGUUGUAGGAAGAGGAAUCCUCCACCUCUUUCCAUUUGUCCUGAAGGUUUGAAGCCUCGAAACCAUCCAGAAGAAGUGCGCCAGUACCUGUUCAGGUUUGCUGCAGUGGUGACAACACAUCCAGACAGGACACAGCGGGAGUUCUUGGCUCGGGACACGAACCUGCAUCCAAAUCAGGUCUCUAAUUGGUUUGCAAAUUAUCGACGUCGUCAAAAAGCCCGUCUCCGUCAAAUGGAAAAGCUCAACAACUCCUGUCCUGAGAGAGCUUUGGCUUCCCACACAAAGGAACAGCAGGAUAAAGGAUUCUAUGCUCCACAAACUGCAG